AGGGUGCUGGGGUUGCAGGAGGGACCCAAACUCCCUGCCACCCCAGUAAGGCCUGGGCAGCCAAGCUGCUGGGCUGCUGGGCUCUGCAGGGACAGGUAUCACUCUGUGCGCGUGCCCCACCAAACGGCUCUGGUCCCGAGUAUUGUCCUCCAGGCUGGCCAGCAGUGGGACUGGCAGCCACCACUUCCUCACAGCCUCCUCUCUGGAAACAGCGCUUGAGCAGCCAGUUCCCCUUUCGGGCUGGCUCCUCCCUGGUACCACCCCCCUCCCCCCAGACCAGAGAUGCUGGAGCUGCCCUUCCUGCCCUUCUGCGCCCUGCUUGGCAGCCUGGGGGCUGUGUGUGUGGCCUUUGUGAGCAUCUGGUGUCAGCAGUGGCACGGUGGCUUCGCCUGGGAUGGCAGUGCCCAGAUGUUUAACUGGCACCCCAUGCUGAUGGUGACAAGCAUGGUGGUGCUGUACGGUGCAGUGGCCCUGGUGUAUCGCCUGCCCUUCUCCUGGGGUGGCCCUAAGUUCCCCUGGAAGGUGCUGCAUGGCACUCUGGCCCUGGUGGCCUUCAGUCUCGCCGUCCUGGGGCUGGUGGCUGUCUUCGGCUUCCACAACGCCCACAGGACACCCAACAUGUACUCACUUCACAGCUGGCUGGGGCUGGCCACCAUGCUGCUUUUCUCCUGCCAGUGGCUCGCUGGCUUCACCUCCUUUCUGCUGCCUUGGGCCCCGGCCUGGCUCCGCACCCUCUAUAAGCCAGCCCACGUUUUCUUUGGCUCCACCAUCCUCAUGCUGGCCAUGGCUUCAUGCGUGUCAGGCAUCAAUGAGAAGCUUUUCUUCAGCCUGAAAAAUGGGACAACAGCGUAUGCCCAGCUGCCCCCUGAGGCUGUCUUCGCCAACACAUUGGGCCUCCUGAUCUUGCUCUUCGGAGUGCUGGUGCUGUGGGCCCUGGCCAGGGCAGACUGGAAGCGCCCAGAAGCAGACUUGGUGGACAUUCACCAGCCCCUGCUCAGUGCUGAGCACUGUUGCCUCCGCAGCACACUGCACUCCCAGGACUGCCAGCCCUGAGCUCGCCGCUCCCUUUGCUGCCGUGCCUGCCAUGCUGGCCCCACUCUUGGUCUGCUGCCUUCCCCUCUCCAGAAACUCUUGCUGCCUGUGCCAGGGCUGCCUAGCCCUCCUGCCCAUGGGAGAAAGGAGGUUGGUUCCUGUUGUCCCUGUGGAGAACAGGCCAUGCUAGCGGGACAGACUGAGGCCUGGACUGCAUGCUUUGCCUCCCCAUGGGCCAGCCUCAGCUUCUUGCCUGCCUCAAGGAUGGCUCCUGGGCUGUGCAGGGCAAGGGGUGCCAUGACCAGUAUAGAGCCAGCUGCAGCGUGACCAUUUCUGCCACCCCAUCCUCAUCCCCACCCCUUACUCAGCCAAGCUGACUCCUGUGGGGCGUGGCUGGAGCCUCGCCUCAGCCUGCACCAGGCUGGCUGCCCUCCAGCUGACCUGUGGAGCCAUGUGUGCAGGGCCAUAUCAUGUCAGAAGCCACCAGCAGAGCAUUCCCAUCACACAUGCAGCACCUUGCAAGCCCCUCUGGGCCUGGAGCCAUCUUGAUGCUCAGUGCAUGUCUGCGAUACAAGGUGCCUGGCUCAGUGCAAGGGGGAUGAAGGAGGGCAGGUCCCAGCUUGCUGCCAUGGCUCUUGUGCCAUGCUCCGGCAGGCUGCUUGCUCUCCCCACCCAGUGGCUCCUUGCCCCUUCCCCAGCUACCCCACAGGGACAGGUGGUGGAAUGAGUCCCUGAAUAUCAUGGUGGAAGGGUAAUAAACCACUGGCUUUUGCAAUGCA